UAUAAUGAAAGAAAGUUGGAACAAAACAUAGAAGUAGUAAAAAUACAAAAUUUGUAGUAUUUAAGUGAAAUAGCAUCGUAGAAACAAGGCCAACAACAUGGACUUGGUCAUUACACCUGAACCCCAUUUCGUUCCCGGCUACACUGGCCACUGUCCACAAUUUCGUUUCCGCGCUGGCAAAACGUAUGGUAAACUAACACAUAAACUGCUCAUCGAUCCCUGUGUCAUACACGCGCCCGAGUUGAUUGUAACGCCGUCAAAUCGAGAACCACUAUCGCUCGAAUAUCCCACUGUACAUGAAACUGAACUGCUAAAUACCCGCGAAAAAUUUGUUGAUCCAGUUUAUCGUCAUCCCAUCAUACCCGGCUAUGAUGGUUUCGUACCAAAUCUCGCAUCUAAAAUUGGCAAGCGAUAUAUUGCCGCCGCUACAGCGGGUAUGGCCGAACACGAGUUGCUAAUGGAUCAGUUGCGCUGUGAACGCAGAAAUUUACUUCAUCGUGAUAUCUUAGGCAGUGGCUUGGGUGUGUUUGAAAGGAAAAUGAACGAGCGUUUGCUUCCCCUUACAUAUUAUCGGUCACCUUUAAUACCCGUCAAGGCACGUGCAAGAGCUUUAAAAAAACUGGAUUGUAGUUAUACGAAUAAGAAAGCACCUUACUCCAAAUUUACUGCGCCACAUUUCAUGGAAAACGAUGACGAGGAGAAGUAUAUUGUUAAUGGUAAGAUUAACUGA